UUAUGUAUUAACGUGGGGGAGAACAUUUAUAAAAAUUUGCUGCACUACACAAAACAUCUCUGGAAUGAUACACACAAAAACGUAAUACUUAUUUCUCUCGGGAUAAACGUGUUAUUGAAACAAGACAGGGAGAGAAUAUGCGUUAUGUACCUCUUCAAUUUUGGAGCUACAUGAAUAUAUAUCUAUUUAAAAACAACUGUAGAUUCAAAAAAGAAAGGUUCCCAAACGUUUAUAAGCAUUUGGUGCAGUUCCACGGGAAAACCUCUGGGUGUCGCUGUAGGUCAAAAAAGUGAGAGAAAAAGGAUUUGGGAGUCUCUUAGAGGGUAACUUCCUGCUCAAACCAGCCACGUAGAGGACACCAGUACUGAUUCGGAUACAGAAAACAAAAGCAGGAAAAGCGACCCUACCCGGGAUUUUGCCAUCCACAGAGGGCUUAAUUCUCCUCCCAUCCAAAAAGCAGAGCCACCGUGAAGGGAGACAGGAUGAGGCCGAGGCCGAGAGCGGAAAGGAGCAGCCCAGUGCGGUGGCGGCAGGUAUUGUUGCCCUUCCUGCUGUCUUUGUUCCGCGGGGCUCUUCCAGAUCAAAUCCGCUAUUCAAUUCCCGAAGAGCUGGCCAAAAACUCGGUGGUAGGAAACCUCGCCAAGGAUCUGGGGCUCAGUGUCCGGGAUUUGCCAGCCCGGAAGCUGCGGGUUAGUGCGGAGAAAGAAUAUUUCACUGUAAACCCUGAGAGUGGGGACUUACUUGUGAGUGACAGAAUAGACCGAGAGCAGAUAUGCGGAAAGAAGCCUCUGUGUAUUCUGGACUUCGAUACUGUCGCUGAAAACCCACUAAAUAUUUUCCAUGUAGCAGUAAUAGUACAGGAUAUAAAUGACAAUACCCCGCUAUUCAAACAGAAUAAUAUUGAUUUAAAAAUUGGAGAAUCCACUAAGCCAGGUAAAACAUUUCCACUAGACCCGGCCCUGGAUUCAGAUGCUGGCCCAAAUUCACUGCAAAGAUACCAUCUUAAUGACAAUGAACACUUUGAUCUCAUAGAGAAACAGGCUCCAGAUGGACGUAAAUAUCCUGAGUUGGUUCUGAAACAUUCACUAGACAGAGAAGAACAGAAUCUCCAUCAAUUGGUUCUAACAGCUGUGGAUGGUGGAGACCCACCCCAAAGCGGCACCGCUCAGAUCCAAAUCCAAGUGACCGAUGCCAACGAUAAUGCCCCAGUUUUCAUCCAGGACGUGUACAAGGUCAGCCUGCAGGAAGGUGUACCUCUGGGCUUCUCCGUGCUUCAAGUAACGGCCACUGAUCAGGAUGAGGGCGUCAACGCAGAAAUCACCUACUCCUUUCAUCAUGUGGAUGAACUAGUGGAAAAGUUUUUUAACUUAGAUAAAAGAACAGGUGAAAUCACAACAAAGGAUAAUUUUGAUUUUGAAAUUGCUAAUAGUUACACUCUCAGUGUAGAAGCAAAAGAUCAUGGAGAUCUAGCAGCCUAUUGCAGUAUCCAAGUUGAAAUUCUCGAUGAGAAUGAUUGUGCACCUGAAAUGGUUAUUACUUCGGUAUUUACUCCGCUACCAGAAGAUUCACCACCAGGAACUGUGAUCGCCUUGAUAAAAACAAGAGAUAGAGACUCUGGAGAAAAUGGAGAAGUUUACUGCCGCAUCUUGGGAAAGGCCGAGUUUAUAUUGAAAUCUUACUCCAAGAACUAUUACAAGCUAGUGACAGACGGGCCCCUGGACCGGGAGGAGAAUCCAGAAUAUAACAUCACUAUAAUGGCCACCGACAGAGGUAAGCCGCCCCUCUCCUCUAGUAUAAACAUCACUCUGCACAUCGCAGAUGUCAACGACAACGCGCCAGUUUUCGAACAGGUUUUCUAUUUGGUUCAUAUUGCCGAGAACAACCCUCCAGGAGCCUCCAUCGCCCAAGUCAGCGCCUCCGACCCCGACCUGGGACCCAACGGCCACGUCUCCUACUCCAUCGUGGCCAGCGACCUGGAGCCACGGGCGCUGGCGUCCUACGUGUCCGUGAGCGCGCAGAGCGGCGUGGUGUUCGCGCAGCGCGCCUUCGACCACGAGCAGCUGCGCGCCUUCGAGCUGACGGUGCAGGCCCGCGACCAGGGCUCGCCCGCGCUCAGCGCCAACGCGAGCCUGCGCGUGUUGGUGGGCGACCGCAACGACAACGCGCCUAGGGUGCUGUACCCGGCGCUGGGGCCCGACGGCUCGGCGCUCUUCGACACGGUGCCGCGCGCCGCGCAGCCCGGCUACCUGGUCACCAAGGUGGUGGCGGUGGACGCCGACUCGGGACACAAUGCGUGGCUGUCGUACCACGUGCUGCAGGCCAGCGAGCCCGGACUCUUCAGCCUGGGGCUGCGCACGGGCGAGGUGCGCACUGCGCGUGCUUUGGGCGACAGGGACGCGGCCCGCCAGCGCCUGCUGGUCGCCGUGCGGGACGGGGGACAGCCUCCCCUCUCUGCCACCGCCACGCUGCACCUGGUUUUCGCCGACAGCCUCCAAGAAGUACUGCCGGAUGUCAGCGACCGCCCGGAGCCCUCUGACCCCCAGGCCGAGCUGCAGUUUUACCUGGUGGUGGCUUUGGCCUUGAUCUCGGUGCUCUUCCUCCUUGCGGUGAUUCUGGCGGUGGCCCUGCGCCUGCGCCGCUCCCCCAGCCCUGCGGCCUGGGGCUGCUUUCAGUCAGGCCUCCGUUCCAAAUCUGGACCUGGGGUUCUUCCCGAUUACAGAGAAGGGACUUUGCCUUAUUCCUACAAUCUGUGCGUUGCUUCACAGUUAGCUAAGACAGAGUUUAAUUUUCUUAAUGUCACCCCGGAAGUGACUCCCUCUCAGGAUCUCCUCUGUGAAGAUGCCGCUUGGUUACCAAAUACAAAUCAUGAAGGCGCUGGGGUCCCAUUUGCAUCAGAUACUAUUCUAAAGAAAAGCGGAACUGAUGGACAAAAAUAUCCGGAGCUGGUACUGGAACGGCCCUUGGACCGCGAGAAAGUAGCUGUCCACGACCUUCUUCUCACAGCUUUAGAUGGUGGAGACCCCAUACUCUCUAGUAGUAUGCACAUACACGUGGUGGUCCUCGACGCAAAUGAUAAUGCGCCUCUCUUCACUCAAUCUGAGUACAGAGUGACUGUUCCAGAGAACAUACCUGUAGGCUCUCGGCUGCUUACACUAACCGCCACGGAUCCAGAUGAGGGAGUAAACGGGGAAUUAACAUACUCUUUUCGCAAUGAAGAAGAUAAGAUUUCAGAGACUUUCCAACUUGAUUCCAGCCUGGGUGAAAUCUCAACUCUGCAAUCACUGGAUUAUGAGGAAUCCAGAUUCUACCUCAUGGAAGUGGUAGCUCAGGAUGGAGGUGCUCUUAUUGCCAGUGCUAAGGUAUUGGUGACAGUACAGGAUGUGAAUGACAAUGUCCCAGAAGUGAUCCUCACAUCCCUUGCUAGUUCCGUCUCUGAAGACUGUCCUCCUGGAACUGUAAUUGCACUGUUUAGUGUACAUGAUGGUGAUUCUGGAGAGAAUGGUGAGAUUGUGUGUUCUAUCCCCAGGAACUUGCCCUUUAAAUUGGAAAAGUCAGUUGAUAAUUAUUAUCACUUAUUGACAACGAAAGCCCUGGACAGAGAAGAGAUCUCAGAUUAUAAUAUCACAAUAACUGUCAUUGACAAUGGAAACCCACCCCUGUCUACAGAAAGCCACAUCUCCCUGAAUGUGGCAGACAUCAAUGACAACCCUCCCGUCUUCCCUCACACCUCAUACUCCACCUACAUCCUGGAAAACAAUCCCAGAGGCAUCUCAAUUUUAUCUGUGACUGCACACGACCCUGACAGCGGCAACAACGCCAAGAUCACUUACUCUCUGGCUGAGGAUAUGUUUCAAGGAAUGUCUCUGUCUACCUAUGUCUUCAUCAACUCCAAUACAGGCAUCCUGUAUGCUCUGGGCUCUUUUGACUAUGAGCAAGUUAAAGAUCUGCAGCUGUGGGUAAUAGCCAGUGACAGUGGAGACCCUCCACUUAGUAGCAACAUGUCACUGAGCCUGUUUGUGCUGGAUCAGAAUGACAAUGCCCCUGAAAUCCUGUACCCCAGCAUUCCCACCGAUGGCUCCACUGGUGUGGAGCUGGCUCCCCGAUCCGCAGAGCCCGGAUACCUAGUGACCAAGGUGGUGGCAGUGGACAGAGACUCUGGCCAGAAUGCCUGGCUGUCCUACCACCUGCUCAAGGUCAGCGAGCCAGGACUUUUCACGGUGGGGCUACACACGGGUGAGGUGCGCACUGCACGGGCCCUGCUGGACAGAGAUGCGCUCAAGCAGAGCUUAGUGGUGGUGGUCCAGGAUCAUGGCCAGCCCCCUCUUUCAGCUACUGUCACACUCACUGUGGCUGUAGCUGACAGUAUCCCAGAUGUCCUGGCUGACCUGGACAGCCUCAAGCCCUCAUCCUAUGCUGACGACUCCAGUCUCACACUGUACCUUGUGGUGGCAGUGGCUGUUGUCUCCUGUGUCUUCCUCACCUUUGUCAUCGUGCUACUGGCACUCAGGCUGAGACGCUGGCACUCUUCAAGUCAGCUCCAGGCAUCAGGAAGCAGGUUGGCUGGCAUGCCCACCUCGCACUUUGUGGGUGUGGACGGGGUGCGAGCUUUCCUGCAGACUUAUUCCCACGAGGUCUCCCUCACAGCAGACUCCCGGAACAGUCACAUGAUCUUCCCCCAGCCCAACUAUGCAGACACACUCAUCAGUCAGGAGAGCUGUGGGAAAAGCGAGCCUCCUCUGAUAUCUGAGAAGAUAAAUGUAAACGAAGAGCUAGGAGUUGUACAGCAAGCCCCGCCCAACACGGACUGGCGAUUCUCUCAGGCCCAGAGACCUGGCACCAGCGGCUCCCAAAAUGGCGAUGAAACCGGCACUUGGCCCAACAACCAGUUUGACACAGAGAUGCUUCAAGCCAUGAUCUUGGCCUCUGCCAGUGAAGCUGCUGAUGGGGGCUCCACCCUGGGAGGAGGCGCUGGCACCAUGGGCCUGAGUGCCCGCUACGGGCCCCAGUUUACCCUGCAGCACGUGCCGGACUACCGCCAGAACGUCUACAUCCCCGGCAGUAACGCCACACUGACCAACGCGGCUGGCAAGCGAGAUGGCAAGGCCCCCACCGGUGGCAAUGGCAACAAGAAGAAGUCAGGCAAAAAAGAGAAGAAGUAACGUGGAGGCCAGGCCAAGAGCCACGGGGCAACUUCCCUCCCCAACCAGCCCAGCCUCUCCGUAUCUGUACCCAGGCCUCAUAUUUUCAGGGCUCACCCCCAGAUACUGGUAGGGGUCCAGGCCAUGCUCCCUUUGAGAAACAGAAACAAGUGCCCAGUCAACACCCCCCUCUCUGCCCCCAAGGGAUUGAAUAUGCAAAAGGGAGUUCUGCUGGGAACCCCCAUCCAGUCAAUUGCUGUGCCCAUGGGGGUAGUGGGGUUAGUGUAGACACCAUUUAUCACACCCCCUUUAGUUACAGCUGAACUCUGCCAUCUUCCAAAUUCAAUCAGGCCCAUCCACAAUUCCCUGCCUCGCUCCUGUCACCCCACCCCCUCAGCAGCUCCUCUUUCUUGAAUAAGGUGGUGGGGGUGUUGAGGUACCUGGUGACCUAAAAAGGCUCGUAGUUCUGAAGAGUUGGAAGGGCGUCAUAACCUCUUGGCCUCUCCAGUUCUCAGACUGCCCCCAAAGCAUGGUUUGGUGCCCGUCCCUUCAUCUCCUUCCAGAGCCCAAGACCAAGCUCAAGUUUUGGCAGACAUGGUCACCAUUGCCAUGGUACUGACGCUUGCUGGAUUUAGGGAGGGCACUUUGCUACCGUGCCUCUUCCCAGCGCCCUUGGGACCAGUCUUUUGUUCUGUUUUUCAUUGUUUGAUGUUCCCGCUGCAUGCCGUGACUUCCCCCUCUCCAAACAAGAGACUUCAUUGCAUGUUCCAAGACAGUAUGGGGUGGUAAGAUAAAGAAGGGAAGGGUGUGGAUAUAGGGGAUGGACAAAGCUUGACUUGCCAGUUAUCGGGAUCUUGCAGAAGGCUCUGUGUCCCCAGGGUACUGGCCAGAUCCCCAAUUCCAGCCAUAAACCAAGUACCAGGCUGGACUCUCCUUUACCACAUUCAAGGCUUGCUCACUCACCUCAGGCAGUGAGCUUUGGGCUGAGCUAUUAGCACCAAUGGAUUUAAACUGGCAUUAUAGUCAAAGGAAGGUCUGAGGACGUUUGGGACCAGGUCCCCUGGAGAGGUCAGAGGGCCCUCUGUGGGUGCUGGGUACUCCAGAGGUGCCACAGGUAGAAGAAUCAGUGUGGCCCUAGCAGUGAGGCAGGGCCAGCUAGGCGGUUCUUGGUCCCUGGGUUGGGGAGGCAUGGAGCUACAGCAGGGACCAGGUGGACAGAAAGUCUCAGCCUAGGAUCCGGGCUUCUCCACAGGGCCCCUGCACUCCUCCAGCCUCUGUUCCUUCAUCUUGCCAGGUGCCAUUUCUUCUCUGUGAAGGCCAAUGCCCAGCCCCCCUCCCCCCCCCCCCCCCCCCCAGUCUGCUCCCUAGUGGCCAGAGCCUGGUUAAAGUCCCCCAGUGCCUCCUUGUGCAUAGACCUUUCUCUGCCCAUCCCCUUCUGCCCACCCCCUCCCCCAAGCCCGUACCUCCAGUGGGGCUGCGCAAGAACCCCACCCCAACCCUUACAGUAGUGUAGAGCCCCCUCCCUCUUUCGGCUGGUGUAGAAUAGCCAAUAGUGUAGUGCGGUGUGCUUUUCCGUGAUGGCGGGUGGGCGGAGGGCUCCGCGCAGCCAUCUGUCGUUGAAUCCGCCUGCGGCGGCCCGUGCUGUGUUUUGUGCUGUGUCCAUGCGCUGCGGCGACCCCGUCCCCUGUACUGACUCCUAUAAGUGCUUCUCUUCGCAUAGUCAUGUAGCUCCCCACCCACUCCCCUUCCUGUGUCUCACGCAAGUUUUAUACUCUAAUAUUUAUAUGGCUUUUUUUCUUUGAAAAAAAAAUUAAAAGGUUUCUUCUGAAA